AUGGUUACCGUAGGGACUUGGAAUGUCCGAACAUUAUGGGCAGCAGGCAAGUUGGAAUUAUUAAGAAAUGAAAUGAAACGCUACAAAUAUGAUAUUAUUGGCAUUUCAGAGGUGCGGUGGACAGGACAAGGUGAAACAUCCAACGGUGAUUCCAUUUGGUGUGGUGAAAGCAAUACACAUACUAAAGGUGUGGGGAUGUUACUGAGCGUAAAAGCUCGAAAAGCUCUCUUGAGCUACAAUCCAAUUAAUUCAAGAUUAAUUACUGCACGUUUUACAGCAACACCAUUCAACUUAACAGUAAUCAAUGUUUAUGCACCAACAUCGGAAGCGUCAAUGGAUGACAUGGAAAAAUUCUACGAUAACCUGGAGGAAGCGGUGGCGAAUACUCCGAAAAAAGAUAUACUUAUCAUUACAGGUGAUUGGAAUGCAAAGGUGGGUGAUAACAAUACAGGAUGGGAACCUGUCAUGGGUAAAUAUGGUUAUGGAACAAGAAAUGAACGUGGUGAACAAUUAUUGGAAUUCGCAACAUCGCACAAUCUAUUUAUUUGCAACACAGCAUUUCAACAAAAACCAAAUCGCAAAUGGACAUGGGAAUCACCAGAUGGCAUACACAAGAACAUGAUUGACCUCAUUCUUAUACAAAAUCGGUGGAAAUCAUCCGUAAUUAACUGCAGAACUUUCCAAGGAGCUGAUAUCAGCUCGGACCAUUCUUUAGUUUUAUGUAAUAUCAAACUAAAAUUAAAAAAUCUAACAAACAAACCAAAGCAGAGUUUACGACUCGAUACCAACCAACUCAAAAAUCAAGCAACAAGAAACAAUUUUCAAACACAACUGGAACAACAACUCAACAGCCUCGAUACCAACUGCAAUAUAGAUGAACACGCUUCACAAAUCAAACAAGCAAUUGAACAGGCAAUAAAAGCAAGCCUUCGAUACAAUCCAACACAAAAUUAUAUGGGUGGUGCUCAAAUCGUACGGGGUGGACAACAAGGUGCUGGUAUUGCUUCAACAAAUAUAUGGAAAGUCCCGUUCAGCAGUCCGAAUAGGAAUGGACCUUGGUGA